UAGUCUGCCUGAUGAUUCGUUUGGGUUUUUGUCACACUCUUAUCCGAUUUUUCGUCCGGGUUCGGACUAAAUCCGGAUGCCUCAAACGUCCAGAUUCGUGGUACCAGCCACGGAUCACUUCGACCAUGCUCGGCCGCCGUACAGGGUCGAAAGCACGUAUGGACUUGUGACACAAGAUCUCUGCUAUAAAGCCAUGACACGUCUUGUUUCAUUCACCAUGGGAUGAUGCUGUAGUAGACGGUUUUAGCUGAUCAGACAUGCCUCACACCGUCUUCGUUACCGGUGCCACUGGCAGUCAGGGUGGUUACGUGGCCCGCGGAUUGCUCAAGGCCGGACUUGUGGUGCACGCCAUCGCACGCGACCCGGAAUCUGCCUCCGCCAAAGCCCUGCGGCGCGUCGGGGCGAAAGUCUUCCUGGGCGACUUCGACUCAAGGGACAGUAUGGUGGCCGCGGCCCAAGGCUGCACUGCAGCGUUCGUCAAUGUCAGUCCCGUGUUCACCGACCCUGAUGGCGAGGCCAUGCAUGGACAGAACGUGGUAGAUGUGUGUCGUGACGUGGGCAUCACACAUGUCGUGCAAAGUUCUGUGCCGAAUCUCGAGCGGCUGGAGCGUGGCGAGCUGAGGGGGACAAGCGCCCAGAAUCCAACAUUGAAGUAUAGAUACAGCAAGAUCGCUGUCGAGAGGAGCGUGACUGAAGCGGGUUUCGAGUCCUGGACGAUCCUGCAGGUGCCGCGGCUGCUCAAUUCGUUCGUCGACCCGCUUGCACAGCGAAUUUUUCCAUAUCUCGCGAGCGAGGGCGUCAUCCGAACAGUAUUGCCGCCGAAUACUCCUCAGUCGCUUCUUGAUCCAGCUGAUAUUGGGCUUGCGGUGACGGAAGUACUCCAAGAUGGUAGUGGAAGGUACCACGGCCGGAAGGUGAAACUGGCGGGCCAGCAAUUGACAUUUGGGGACAUUGCGGGAAUCAUGAACGAAGUACUGGGUCAGGACCGCGUUCGGAUCGAGUACAUCUCGGAGUCUGAAGCGCGGGAGUUGCAGAAGACGAGCCUGAUGGUCGCAUCGGAGAUGUUGUUCUUCGAGAAUCCUGAGAUGCUGGUUAUUGAUGACGGUGACGAGCUGGGGUUUCAGUUGCAUUCGGCGAAGGAGUACUUUACCAGGGAGAAAGCUGCACUUGAGAGGGCUGUAGAUGCUGGACUGAGCUGAGCACAUGUUGCAGUUCGGUCGGCUGUG